AUGGAUGAGUAUGAUGAAGAGUCAGCAGCCGACCAUCGUCGUGGCUCAUCAACCCGCAAGGGUAAUCGCUCGCGCACCCUGACGCAGCAGCUGAUUAACGUGCAGACCAAUGAGACGGUUGACCAGGAAAACAAACAUUUUGCUGCUGCUGAAUCUGUGAUGGCGGCGCUCGAGCUGGCGUGCACAUUGCUGGAUCCUGUCCAUCCAGGCAGUAUCCCCCGCCUUCAUACGGCACAGACAACCGCCACUAGCCUUCAGCUGUUAGACCCCUCCUAUCACUGCGACCUGCCCGUGGCUACCAACUCGGCCAGCUUCCAACUUUUUGGAAGUCCCAGCCGCCGCCACCCUUCUGUUGCCUCGCCAGGUGUUGGCGAGCCGGGGCGAGGUGCUCGGCGGCCUCGCCUCACGGCCAUGUCUCAGUCCAGCACCCGCCAUCACCGACGUUCCAAGUCUGAUCCCAUGGCCUUUCAUAUGGGGGUGGGUGAUAACACCAUUGAGGCGCUAGCUGACGGACCAACGCGUGGCGUACGGUUACAUAGCCCGGCACUGCGCGAAGCUGCCUCAGAAGAGUCUCCCUCAGCCACGCCUAUCAACGGUGCUGCAAGCUCGCCGCGAACUCAGCGCCUGCGAGGCUCGCCCUCACAACCUCAGGCCGUGCCUGUGCGGGGACGUCUUCCCCCACGCGCCGCCAAUCUCUCCGGCUCGGCUUUGGGGUCUCGCGCGCCUUCAUCACUUGGCAUGGUCUCUCCGCGCCAGAGUAGCUUUGAGGUGCACGAUCGCACUGGGCAGACGCCAACCGUGACCAUGCUCAGUAGCACACAUGACUCAGAUCGACCUGUUCUUCUUGAGCGCACUGCCGUCGACGAUAGCAAUGACGAGACGCCCUGGACCUCGGUGCGCGUGGAUCCAUCUCUAACUCCCGUGGCCCUCGAAGAUGAAGAGGAAGAGGAAGAGGAGGAUGCGACUGGCGUGCACGUUUUGCACAAUACCGGCGAAAGUCCUGAUGAUGCACCAGGUCGCGGCGUGGUCCGGCAACCUGAGCUCAUAGCAGGCACUGCCGGAGCUCGUGAGGACAGGGGUCACCUCACGCAGUAUGCUCGCGCUGACCGGACUCGAGAUUUUGACGCAGACGAAGAUCUUGAUGAUGGAUACCUUUCGCCCGUGUCAUCAUAUUUGGACUUGGAUCAUUCAACGGGCUCUCCCACGGCCAUUGCCAACAAGUUUGUGUUGGCACUGCACUCGGAGCGUUUGCGUGGGAUCGUGGAGGAAUACCUCAACCCCGGGCCCGAUCUGGACACCAGCCUGACCUCCGACUCGCCUAGCUCCGCGUCUUUGUCCACGUCUGAUUCGCGCAUCAUCCCCACCCGUGGCAAUGCCGACUAUGCGCCACCCCGCAAGCAACUUAUCUUUGAUCUGCGCAAGCCUCCGCGCAGUCGCGGAGAAGCCAUGAAGACUCAAAAUCAUCGGUGCCGCACCUGCGGCCUCAAAGCUGAGUCGCACCUGUCCAAGGUCUUGGAUGAAACAGCAGAUACACCAGCGAUUGACAUGAAAGCCCACAAUAAGCCAGCAUGUCGUCGCGGCGUGCUCUUGCAAGCAGCCACGCUCCGCCAACAACUGCAUCACCUCAAGGCCUAUGCUGCCACGUGUCGAUACAACUUUCCUCGCUCACCCACGCUCGAGGCCCAUCCUCAUUUGUCCGAUGAGGAAUUCGUUUAUAGCCUCAAUGAGCUGGUGGCACUUUUCAAUAACGACCUGCUGAAGCUGCUGACCCAACAAGUGUGCCUGGGCAUCGAUCACAUUCGCAAUUGCGAACUGUGUCACAGUCGGGGGUACUACUGUCUCAUUUGCAAUUCUUCGGAAAUUAUUUUCCCCUUUGAACUUCGCAAGACCACACGGUGCGACAAGUGCAAGUCGGUAUAUCACACCAAGUGUUUUGAAAAGUCCACUUCAUCAAGUCACAACCAGAGCCGGCUCAAUUCGGUACAGUCGAGCGGCUCGAGCAGGGCUGAGCUCUUUCCAGAGUAUCGUGUGCGGGUUCAGCGCGAACGCGAGCGCAAGAGUCGCCGGAGGCGUGCGCGCACACGUUCUCGGCUGGAGCUGAUCCUGCGCUGGUACAACCUGGCGUCAAGCUUGUCGGCGGUGCUUCCGUUGGACCCUCCGCCCCCGGCGCCCACCCUCAAAUUUAAGCAGUCGGAUUUUCGUCAAAGCAGGGGCGAUGUGGCCCAUUUUGUCCGUCAUGUGCUUGGUGAUGAGUGCUUACUUCAAUCGCAGGCAGCGGACGACUUGAAGCUCAAUCGUUCAGACUUGCGGGGCGCACUGCGCAGCCUGAUGUAUGAGCAUAAUAUACGCGUGGCCGCCGAGAUUCCAGUUUCAGCUCCGCCACAGGUUUUAACGAUGCAGGACUUGGAAGAUCUGGCUCAAUUGGCACCAGAGUGUUGCUUGGGCUUACCCAGGGCCUCGACUCCUACGUCGCGCGGCUCGGGGUCCCGCGAUCGUUCGCACAGCAAUUCUUUCAAGGGCUUACAAACUGCUGCCAUCCAGCGGGGUAUCGUCUAUUCCUUUUCAGACCAAGAUGGCAACAUGUGCUACUUUGCCUUCCCGCUGGAGGAGUCCAGCGGCGAGCCUCUGGUUCUUGGACGCGUGUCUAGUCAGGCUGAGGACGUCAUACGUCAACUCCACCUAGCACCCAUCUCUCCACAGGCAGACACUUUUGCCCAUGAUGCUGCACAUGGGAUGUUAACGGAAUCGACGACGCAGCGAGGCAGCUUUACUGCUCUGCGGCUGCACAAGCUCUUGACGGCAGCUCAAGCCUCGGCACAGGCUAUGGCGUAUCUUGGUGACGGACGAGAUGGGGAGGGCUGGCUUAGCGCCACCUUUUCCUUCUGGCAGCAGCUUGAUGCCUGUGAAACUGGCUUUGGUCCAAGCGGGAGGGAUGUGUUGCUACCCACACUACAACCAUGGUUUUGCUGGGCCAUUGCCAGUUGCGCAACCGUCGUCACUGCCAUGCUUGAGAUGGUCACACCCACGCUCGAAGAAUGCCGGGGUCAACCUUCCGUCAUGCUCAUGAAUCAGUGUCACCUGGCCGAACUGGGGCUUUCCGUGGGCUUCAAAUAUCGCCCUUUUAUCAGCCGGUUUGAGAACGCCUUGGAUGCCUUGAUUCAGCUUGCCGAUUUGCGCGUGACGCGCGCAGACGCCUUUGUCCAUAAUCUGCUGCACCCAUACGAAGUCCUAUUGGCACGCCUCUCUCCCGUCUUCUCGCGUGGCUGUUGGGACACCAAUGGAGAUACUAUCCACAAGGCAUACACGGACACUUGCUCGCGUUGCAGUCGCUUUCCCCAGACGCUGGAGGUGAUGGCUAUGGAUAUCCUGCAGCCACUGCGCGAGCUGAUCCAGUUGUUGCCUACCUUUUCGCGCCUCAACAUUUUGGUCAAUUCCUCGCACACGGCCAUGCUCGUCUAUGGGGAAAAUCACAAGCAGCGAGCGUUGGAGCUGCAAGCAUUCUGCCAACAACACACCCAACAGCUUGUUGAAUUGACCGCUCUAGACACCAACAAGGAUCAACUCCGGUCCCGCGUGGCCGACAUCCAGCAUUACUGCAAAGCUAUGGUUAAAUGCCUUUAUGCACGACAAGCCUGUAUCCCUAUGGCUCAAACCGUGGCCCUCUCGAACAACAUGGCCGUGCUCUUCAACGUUUUCCGUCACAUUCUCGACCUCUUUCCAGAUUGUGGAUGCUCUAGCCAAUCCUGGCUAUCAAUGGCACGUUUAUCACCACAGCCGAGCAUAUCUACUCCCGCAUUGCCACGCUUGGCCCAGCUGGACGUUGCGCAGCUUGUUGGUACCGUAUGGGCCAGCACUUAUCAGGUGCAAAGCCUGGUCAAGAGCGUUCUUGUUCUAACCGGUCUCGAUCUGCGGCGUUUGCAUCAAGCAGGUCCCAAUCGGCUAUGGUAUCUCGCGGCCGGAGAGCCAUGCAGGGGUGGGUUUGGGCAAGUGCAUGUUGCGUACAUGGUGGCGGGGCGACGCAAGAUUGCAGUCAAGUACUGCAAGCGAUCAAGCAAAGAAAAGGAGGCACUGGGGCUUGAAAGUGAGCACAAGUUUCUUCAGCGUUUGAAUCAUCCAGCAAUCUGCCAGGUGUUUGCAUUGGAACGGGCAGGGGAUAAGCAGUACUUGGCCAUGGAGUACUAUGAGGGUGGCACGCUCAAAGAAUUACUUUUCAAUGCCGGCCAGCCGCGCUUUGAAGUCGAGCUGCAGUUUCAAGCUGCUUGCAAAUACACGCGCCAGCUCAUUGAAGGACUACACUACUUGCACACGGCGGGUGUGGCACACCUGGACAUUAAGCCAGAUAAUUUGAUGCUGACAAUCAACCACGUGCAGCUGGUGAUCAUUGACUUUGGGUCAGCCCAAAGCCGUUCUGCGACUUCACAGCUCCCUGGCACGCAUGGUUAUUCUGCACCAGAGCUAUAUGAUCCAAGCUUGAGGACCGCGGGCGAUUUGGCCACAUGCGAUGUCUGGAGUGCCUGCAUGACGACCAUCGCGAUGUUGCUGGGCCGGAAUCCAGACAUUCCCGGAACGUCAGAAGCAGCCCAGCAAGGACUGAUGCAGCUUCGCCGUAUUUAUGGCAAACUUCCCGAUUUCAACGAGUAUGUCGAGCCAUACUUGACCUCUGCCCUGUGUCUCGAUACGCGAGAGCGAGCCACAACUGAGGCUCUGCAAGAGCUAGCAAUUUGUCUCGACCACAGCCUGUUGGACUCAUUCCAACAAGAAGAAAGCAAUGCCGCCCCGGUCGCCCCGGUGGCGCCGCGUGGAAGCCAGAAGCGACGCACCUUGCGGAAGCAGCCCAAAACGCCGGAGCCGGCACCUGCGCUAGCUGCAGCAGAGACGCGUCCUCCCGUCUCGAACGGUCUCGCCAAUACCGGCGCCAAGGUGACGGAGGAAGAUCAAGUCAAGGCCUUGCAAGAUCGCAAUAAGGAGCUAGAGGAACAGCUCCGACAAUGCCAAGAGGCAAGCAAGAGCAAAACCCUCGAGACAGCUGCCAGCAAUCGUUUGCCUCCGAUCAAAAACCGACGAGAUUCGUCCGUCAAGGCCGAGCUCAAGCAGACAAAGUCAGAGCUCGCCAACGCCCAAAAGCAACUCAAGCUGGCCGAGCAGCAGCUGGCCAAGUCGCGCCGACAAAGCAAUUCAAAUCUGCCCACCACUGAAACUGGCCAAAACGACAAGCUUAAACUGCGACAAGCCCUGGCGCGCAUCCGUGAGCUUGAAAGCAAGCUCGGCGUUGACAAUCUCAAUACGCCCACCAUGCGCCGCCUCUCCACUGUCUCCCUGACUUCCCCGCUUGAUGUGGAUGGAGACGAGCUGCAAAACCCGGCUCCCACGAGUAUCUUGGGCUGGGAUGAUGCUGUCACACCAGAGGGUUUGGAGCAGGCCUUUAUGACCUUUUACACCUUUCGUAGCGUGGUGGAGCCCAGUCUUGAGCUUCGUACUGCGGAGCCGCCUAAACUACCUGAGAAUUUGGAUAAAGCAGCCAUUGCUAAGAAGCUGCUUGGCAGUCGAGAGAAGACAUUUGAAGAUUUGAUCUCCUAUGACCGUCUCCAGGAGGCUUGGGGCCAAGUGAAUCUGCGGAAUCUUGGUGGUGCAUCCGUGCGCAGCAUCCAUCAAUUGCUCAAGAAAAAGUUUCCCGACUGGCAAUUGACGAAGCGUGGCUUCCGUCGGGCCUACUGCCGCGUUUUGUCUCAGGAUGGCGAUUACAUUUGCUGGAUUCGACAGCACGAGUUUGCUUGGUUGCUGCAUGGCGCAUUUUGGUACGAGCUCUGUUGGCCGUUUCUUCCAGCAGAGGACGUUGAUGCCAACCAAUGGGUCACGCAAGAGCAAUUUGUCAACAUUGUCAAGCAGCUCGGUGCCGGCCUGAGCCAAGAGGAUAUUGAAGCGCAAUGGGCGUCCCUUGACAGUUUUGGCAACAGUGCCACUACGCUGGAGGCCUUGAUUCUCUUUCUCAUCCGUCUCAGUGGUCUGGAAGCGUCGAUGCAAACCAUUCAGCUCACGUGGGCGGAAAAGAUGCGUCAAAAGCGCCGUCUGUACUCACAAAGUGAGCGUGCGCUAUCGAGCCGCUUGCAAGUUUCAGAGGCGCUGCAAGAUCGAAUGAUGGACUUGACCACCGAUGAGUCUCUCGAGCAACUAUGGCAUUCCAUCGACUCCAAUCGCUCAGGCAGUGCAUCGGUGAACGAGCUGUCUACCAUGUUGCGAACGGUCAAGCUGACAAUCAAACCUCCUGUUAUUAUGGAGGCACUUCACUGGACGGACCUUGACGAGGUGCCUAGUGGCCCUCCGUCCAUCCCCGAGAGCCAAUUGGCCGGUUUUGUGAAGCAUUGUCUGAUUUUCCAGCAAAUCUUUGAGGUGUUUGAGAAGUUGGACAUUGACCACGAUCGACGAAUUGAGCGUGCCGAGUUUGGCAAGGCCAUGGCCGACAUGGGUUUCAAACUCAAGGACAAAGAGCUCGACCGCGAGUUUAAGCUUUUGGAUCUCGACAACAGUGGUCGAGUCACGUUUAAGGAAUUGUGCGAAUAUCUCGUGGAUGUUUACAGUCACUCGGGCUUCACUUCAGACGGCACCAUCAGCGUCGAUUUGUGCGUCAAUACCAUGGCAGCCGCACCCUCGGAGGCUUUGAAAAUGGGCAACCAAUUUGGACACGUGGUCAACACGUUUUCCAGCUUUUUGGCGGAUAACUUUGCCGUGGAAAAAACCAAAGUGCGCUUCGCCGUGGAUGGUGAAUUCAGCGAUGCGGCGACGCGCGAGGAAGCAGCCGUGUUCACCUCGGACCCUGCCAAGGCGCAGGAGCUAUUGGCCAAAGCCGAGGCUCCUGCUUCAGCCCAAACGGAUUUGUCGCGCGCAGUGACAGCAAGUGCUGCUCGUCGAUUUCGUGCCCCUGCUCGGGUUGCCUUGAUUGCACCUAGCGAGGAAGCCACUUACUGCUAUUCAGUGGCCCUCACACAAGCGGCCUCCCUCUGUACCCGCCAUCACAUGACGCCAGUGUUUGUCCUCUCCCAAGCCAACCUGGAGAACAAGACAGUGCAACAAUUUGCGAGUUUGUAUGGCAGCCCGGUGCGGCCAGCCAGCGUUUUUCUGGCCAUGGACGAUCUGCAUGUUAUCUCUUGCAUCGACGAGUCGCUUGACAUUGUACCCUACUGGACCGACAUUGUUCGCGUGCACAACACUUGGAUCCAAGCGCGGCAAACCGACCCGCUGGCCACGCGUGACGUUGUUUCCGUGUUGCCCGCUGAGGGUCUUCACGUGCCCAUGACACGGCGUUCCGUCUUUGGUGCCGGUCGCUUUUUGCCCGUCUGCCGCCGCGGGGAUCAAGGCAUCUCGCGUGCACUCAGUCAGGCAGUUGCGCUAGCGCAUGACGACUGCGAAACCAAGAGCAAGGUUCCUGCGAUCAUUGUUUAUGCCUUCAAAGGACAGGCCGUGCACUUGGACGAGGCGACGAUGGCCAAGCUUCAAAGCCUGCCACGCUUGGCUGUUUUGGUCGUGAAUGUGGACGGUACCAAGAGUUCCGAGGAAAAUCAUGAAUCAUUGAAGCAGCUGAUCAAUUGUCAAGUUUCCUUUGUCAAUCUGGAUUCCCCAGAUGCGGUCGGCAAUGAACUUCUCAAGCUGCGUUCGGAGGCACUCGCUUCGUCGUCAGCCAUGAGCUGGGUGGGACACCUGGCUCAAGCCGUGGGCUCGGCAGCGCAAAUUGCGCCGUUGGGCAAGACGGGAGCCUUGCCCAGCACGCUCACCUGGCCAGCUCGUGCCGCAGAGCAGACGAAUGGCAACCAGCAGCUGCAGGUAACUUAUGAGGACGAGGAUGGCACGGCCGCGCAGAACGUGGGCAUGGACAUCCGCACCUAUUUUGAUGCGUUUGCUGCCUUGGCGCGGCGUGACCUUGGUGCUUUGACGCUUCGGGCUAUGAAUGAAGGCAAUGAGGCAAUCACGGGGCUUCAACACCUGACCGAAGCAGUGCAAAUGUUGGCUGCCGCUGCCAAGGAGGAUGUGGCGCGAGCCGAGGGGGAGCGUGAUCGAGCUGCGUCAUUGGCCUCAAUUCCUAACAAGGAGGACGUUACACUAGCUUAUGCGGGUUUGAUCCAGGCGCGUCGUGACGUGACGCAUCAGGUGCAACGCAUGGUCGAUAAUGCGGCUCUUGAGUACAAGCGCUUGUCCGAGCAGGUCGUUCAGGUCCAGGCUGAGCUCAAGCCGUAUCAAGAGUUGUCGGCCGACCUCUUUGCUUCCGCGGCAAAUCACGACUGGACUCAAUGCUCCCAAGCUUGGUCAUCGCUGGCUGGCUUUAUCGAGCAACACAGUGCGGCACUGGACGAUGUCUUGCGUCAACUCAAGGCGACCAUCGAAGCAGAGCUGCCCGUUUUGCUUGGCAAGGUGGAGCUGCUGUGCAAUCAGUUGCCAUCUGAUUUGUAUUAUGCUGACGACGUGGUGCGUCGAUCUGUCGACUCAGUGUGCAUUGUUCCAGUGCCUGGCCCUAGCCAGGCUUUUGCGGAGCGCCCAGAAGCUCUCGCACAGUUUCAGAUCAGCGAGAAUGUGGUGGACUACUUUGUGUCCGCUGAGCAGGUGUGGGACCUUGUGAGCAAGGCUGCUGGGUUUGCUGCCUCGCGCAAAGUGGUUGUCAAUAUCAUCUCGGAUGGCAUGUUGGAUAGCUUGAUACCGCAGUUGCUGGGCAAGCACGAUUUUGCCGCUGGCUGGACCAUCAAUACGAUGGUCGUGGGCCCACAUGUCGACUCGAUGGCAGCACGCUGCUUGGCCGCAGCUGGUGAAGGGUCCUUCUGCCAGACCACAACUCAUUUGGCACACGCACUCAGCGACAUGCCCUACCCCUUGGAUUUCGCACUUCUUGAUGCAUUGCCAAAGUGCGCAGAAGUGGCCAAAGUAGCCUUCGUCCCGAGUAUUGUGCAGCCGUCUCGGCUUGCACAAUCGGCAACCAACAGCGACCGCGUGCGGAUGAUGCUUUUGGCUUGGGUUAACGCAGCGUUGGGGCGCGAGUCAGUGGCUACAUUUGAUUCUCUGGAUGAGUUUCAGCAGGACGAGGGGGCUGUCAUUCAGCUGAUUGACAAGCUCUGUGGCGCAGCUUCGGCCAGUCCAGACAUGGCGCGAGCACUCGAGCUCUUCCACCGCACUUUCUCCGGCAAGCAGCUGGAUUCCAAGUUUAUUACAGGAGCUGGCCACACUUUUGCCAAAACAUUGUACAUCAUGUACCGGCUGGUGGCAACCUCGAAAGAGACGGCAGAUGUGAAAGACUUUGUCGCAAUGGAACUUCAAGGCUUGGGGCUGGAGGUACCCGAUUUUUCCCAGGCGUGGACCUCGGGCAAGUUAUUCCUCCAUGUGUUGGAGCGAAUGGUGCCAGGCUCGACGCAGGCGGCUUUGACGCUGCCAGCAGAUAAAAUGUUGGCCGAGUUUUUCAAGGUGGCUCAGAAGGAGCUCAACACCCAGUUUACUACCCAACCCUCUGAUUUCCACUCGGGCCAUUCAGAGCGACCCGUUAUACAGACGCUGGCAGCGCUCAUGCAAAGCUUCGUUGAGCAUGCCUCGAGCAAGGCGAUUGCGGAGGGCUUCAAAGCGUCAGCAUCACUCAAGGCGCUGGAGGACAAGCUCGCGGAUGCCGUGUCUUGGGCAACGGAGGUGCACGAAGCUGGUCAAGAAGACGCGACGCGAGCCGCUGAGGUAGCCGAGGGGUUGAUUUCAGCCCUUGAAGGGCUGCCCGAGGAUGUCCAGGCCCGACUCAAGCAGCAAUGCCGAGAAUACCAGUUGGCAAUUCAGGAUACGGUGGCAGACUUGAACGAGCUGCCCGACUUUAUCAAAUGGAGUCAGGAGGUCGGCAAAGAAGUUGUGGCCCUGCGGGCGACAGCAGACAAAGCGACAGGGGAGAUCAAGACGCGACAAUCUACAAUCACUUGGCAACGGGAUUUGUUGGUGGUGCGGGACCGCGCGCUUGCUCUGGAAAAAGUACAAGAACGUGUGGCUGUUC